AAAAGUCUUGCGAAGUUAAGUUCCAGCCCCUAGAGGCCGGCUACGGCCUCCGGGCUCCGACGAGCAGGGCAGGACGGUCCGGCCGGGCGGGCGCCAACAGAGUGGGGCCGCGAUGCGCACUUCGUGGGCAGUGCACGUGCUGCGGACGCUGCGGGAGCUGCUCGCCUUCGUGCUGCUCAGUUACACGGUGCUCAUUGGGGCGCUGCUGCUGGCCGGCUGGACCACUUACUUCCUGGUGCUGAAGUGACAGCUCCGGGCGUCAUGGCCCGGGCCGGACCGCUGCCCCAAGGAGGCCGGCGGGCCGCGCCUACUAGUCCCUCCGCCCCGAAGACUGCGCGCCUAUCCGGCCCAAACUUUCCGACUUCACAGCGGCAGCGAGCGCGGAGAGCCACGUGAGAGGGAGACACCUUCGACCCGCCGCGCUCCAGGCCUCCUUCAGCCUCUAAGCGGUCAUCCUCCUCCUGGGUGUUCUCCCCGCGCCUGCUUCCCUCUCCCUUUCCUCUCCUCCCCUCCUUUCCUUUCCUUUCCUUUUCCUACCCUGGACCCUGCGCUCCAAAGCGCCGGGGGGCGGAGGCCGCAGCCACUAUAGCUCCUCCUCUUCCACGCCCCCUGGGCAGGCCUAGAUCUCCAGCGUUUCCUUUCCCCUCUCCUGGAGGCGGGGCCCUCAGCUGCCAGAGUUCCUCCUUCCCCUCUCCCGGCGGCUUCUAGAGGCGGGUCUAGAUUUCCUGAGCGUCUCCUCUCCCCCUCCUGGAGAUCCGAAAUCUCCAGAGCUCCUUUUCCCCCUCUCUCCGCUCCUAGAGGCGGGUCUAGAUCUCUAGGGCUUCUCCUCCCCCUCUACUGGAGGCGGGCCCGAAGCCGCCAGAGCUCCUCCUCCCCUUCUCCCCGCUCCUAGGGGCGGGGCCAUAGCCGCGCGUGCUUUUCCCUCCGCAGAUUGGGCACCCCCGGCAGCGAGAACGUCUCUUGGGACGGGGCUCGCAAUGGAGAAGGUGCCUCUUCCCCGUCCCACCUUCAUUAGAAUCGGGGCCCAUAAUAACUAAGUGUGCUUCUUCCUUACACACUUCCCAUCAGGGAGGGAACCACAGUCGCUCGCGCUCUUCCUCCUCCCCCUUCUGGGAGGACGGGACAGUUGCAGCAGUGCGUAGGGAUCCUUCCUCUGCUCCACGCCCCUUUGCGUCACCUUAAAGGCGGAGCCGAGUGAUCUUGUCCUAUCAGGUGCUGGGACCUGGCGGCGCGUCACUUCCGGCAUCCGUUUCCCGGCGUCCGCUGUGGAAUGGCGGCUCUGAGGAGCUGGGUUCUCCGCAGCGUCGGCUCCUUCUUCAGGCAGAGUGUUCCAGUUGUAACGAGGUUGAGAAGAUGCCGUUUAACAGAUUUGGUAGGACCCUGGCACAAAACAGUGGCAGUGGGUUUUGGAGUGUCUCUGUGUGCAGUGCCUAUAGCACAGAAGACGGAGACACACUCUCUUAGUAAUGAAGCACUAAUGAGAAGAGCAGUUUCCAUGGUGACUGACAGCACCUCCACCUUCCUCUCACAAACCACGUAUGCAUUGAUUGAAGCCAUCACAGAGUAUACGAGGGCGGUUUACACAUUAGUGUCUCUGUACCGAAAAUAUUCAAGUUUACUUGGGAAAAUGAAUUCUCAAGAGGAAGAUGCAGUGUGGCAGGUGAUCAUAGGAGCCAGGGUUGAGAUGUCUUCAAAACAAGAAGAGUAUUUAAAGUUAGAGACGACUUGGAUGACUGCCUUGAGUCUGUCUGAGAUGGCAGCAGAAGCAGCCUACCAGUCAGGUGCUGAUCAAGCCUCAAUCAUGGCUCGAAAUCAUGUUCAGCUGGUGAAGACUCAAGUUCAGGAAGUGCGUCAGCUCUCCCAGACGGCCGAGACCAAGUUGGCCGAGGCCCAGACUGAGGAGCUACGCCUCCGGCGCCCCGAGGAGCUGGAAAAGGGGACCAUGCCCCAGCGCCCCAGCACUGGGGGAUCUCUGAUGACAGACCAUGAGGAGGAGGCCUACUUGCGGGAGGACUGAGGAGGCUUCUCCCCAGAGGCACUAA